GACAAGAGCAACGGGGGCAAGAUCCCCGUACCCGUCUUCGAUGGCACGAGCAAGACCAUGAAGAAGCACCGCCGAGAGGUCGCCACCUGGCAGAUCGGCACCGAGGUCAAGCCGCCCAAGCAGGGAGCGACCUUGCUGGCCAGCCUCAAGGGCAAGGCCGAGGAGGCGUGCGAGGAGCUCGACCUGGACGCCAUCAAGGGCGACAACUCGGUGGAGGUGUUCCUGGAGUACCUCGGGAAGCGCUUUCCCGAGAUCGAAGCGCUGGAGACCCCAGCGCCGCUGGAGACCUUCGUGCGCCCGGCCUGCGUCCGGCACAGGUACGAGGAGAUCCGCGACUACAACAACCGCUUCAAUGGGAUCGCCACCACGCUGAAGGCCAAGGGCAUCCAAGUGCCCGACGAGGUCUUGGCGGACCUGUACAUCAUGAGGGCCCGCCUGCCCCCGGAGCGCGCGGAGCAGUUGAUGAUCAACUUGCCCAAGGUAUCGGUCGUGGACGGCAACAAGGGCAGCCACGACAAAGGAGGCUACGGAGGUCACAAUAACAAGGACCACAAGCGGGCGUACGCCACGGAGACCUCCGAGGAGGAUCGUAGGGCCGAGCUCGACGGCGCGUCCUCAGACAGCCCCGACGACUACGAGGACGAGCUGCCCGACGAGCUGCAGGACGUGAUCGACGAGGCGGAGGAGCAGGUGCGCGCCAAGGACAAGCUGAAGGAGGCGAAACAGGCGCGUGGCUACUUCGCCAAGCGCGACGGCGGCAACCCGCCGAAGAGAGACGAGCCCAAGAUCGCCAAGAUGAAGGCCAGGACACACUGCGGCGCAUGCGGCCAGAAGGGCCAUUGGCGCGGUGACCCGCAGUGCUCGAAGAAGAACGACCCUAACGCCAAGGCCGACAUCCCGAAGAAGGGAAGCAACAGGACGAACAUCGCCACGCACGAGACCAGCGACGCGCAGGAGCCUCACGUGGCGGAGAUGACGGUCGCGGCGGUCUACCAGCAGGACCAGCGGGCCGCGGCUCGCGACAGGAAGUACGAUGCGCUGCACAGCAUCGACUGGACGCAGAUCCGCCAGGCCGCCGAGCUACCCGAAGAAGUUACGGCGGCGGCGUUCUUCAUCAAUAAGGACCACCAGUGCCUGAUGGCCGCGACGAGCUCGGCGCUGAUCUACCUCAGCGUCGAGGACCUGCUGAAGGAGCCGGGGGCCAAGCUGAUCUUCGACGCGGCCUGCACUCGGUGCGUCGGCGGCCUCGACUGGUACAACGACAUCAAGAAGAGGCUGGCCGCCUUCAACAUCCAGCCCAUCGAGUACCCCGAGAAGGAGCCGUUCCGGUUCGGGGCGUCGAAGGUGGUGUUUAGCCUCAAGGCGGCGCUGAUCCCCUGUUCGGUGAACGGCAAGGCCUUCACCGUCCGCAUGAGCAUCGUGCGCAGCGCCGUGCCGGGACUGUUCAGCCGCAAGGCCCAGAGCGAGCUGGACACAUUCUACCACGCCGGAGACAACAAGCUGGACAUCAAGUCGAUCGACGAGCACAACAUCCAGAUGGGCCUGAGCCGCGCCGGACACCCGACGCUGGACAUCACAGGCUUCACGCCGAACUAUAAGCCCGUUUUGGGCGUCUCGGAUACCAAAGCCGAGAUUCGUCUUCAUCCUUGCGCUUCUUACCAUGCUGAGACAGCUGUGGCCAGCGCCGCCAAGCCGGUGGUGCCCGAGGCUCGCCACCCAGGAAUUGCCUCGGAGGCCGACGAGUCUCCGUCGGAUACUGACUGCAAUGCGCGCGAUAGCGCCGAACUGUUCGAGCAGCAGGUGCGCCAGGCGACGAGCCCGGGGGGCAGCGGCCAGAACUUGCCGACGACGAGUACUGCCCGUCUUCCGGCGAUAUCCAGCAUGCGGAUGCCGGAGCUGCAGGCCGAGGUGGCAAGCUACGACUUGGAUGUGCUGGACGCCACGUGCGACCAGCUCCGGGUGAUCUUGCGUGCGCUGAGGGCCGAGGGCCGCGAGAGCACGCCGCAGGACGACUACAUCCCGGGGCUCGGCAAGAAGAACAAGGAGGAGCUCCAGCAGCUGCGUCGGGACCGCCAGGUCGAGUUCGACCAGCGCACGCCCGUGCCGGAGCUCAGGCAGCGCCUCAUGGGCUGGAAGGUCGAGGACGCGGUCAGCAGUGCCGCGGCGACGGUGGCUCAUCCGAGCUUACAGAUCACCGGGGCCGACAAGAUGCGCUUUGGCAAGUACCCCACGGCGGACUACCGCCGGGUGCUCAAGAACGACCUGGGCUACGCGCAGUGGGCGGUCCUGGAGCUCAACAACAAUCGGAUGGACACCAGCGACAUGGGCUUCGAGAAGGCGGGCGAGACCGACAAGGACGGGUCGCCAGCCCCGAGGCGGCGGUCAGGCAUCAAGAAGGGCAAGCGCGUCGGCCUCCUCUACCAGGUCACGGGCUUGCUGAGCGCCUUCGCCUUUCAGACGGUGCUCACCGCGGACUGGCUGGCUGGACCUCUCAAGCCCGUGGUGCAGCAUGCUACCAGUGCUGCGCGAGACGUGGUCGACCACGUUCAGGACGUCAAGGAGGCCUACAGCGUUCGCAGCCACCGCGUGGACGUCAUGCAGGUGUUCGGAGGCGAAAGCGGCAUCACCGAGGCGGCGCGGAAGCGCCGGAUGACGGCCACAGAGGUGAUCGACCGCAAAUACGGAUGGGAUUUACGCAAGCAGAAGGACCUCGACGCGACGUACGACCUGCACUACGCCUCAAGGCCGAAGUUCGUGUCAAUCGAGCUACCCUGCACCCACUACACGAACAUCACGCACCUCAACUUUCGGACGCCGCAGGCCAGGCAGGCGCUCCGACGGAUCUGGAGGACGGAGCGGCCGCUCCUUUUAUUGGCCCGCGACCUCUUCAAGUACCAGCUCGACUCUGGCGACAUGGCCAUGAUCGAGAACCCGGCCACCAGCCGGCUCUGGACACAGCGCGCGAUUUUGGAGCUACUGGCAGACGAGCGCGUGCACCAGGUGAGGUGCGACAUGUGCGAGUACGGAGCUCUACACUACAAGACGGGGGGGCUCAUCAAGCACCCCACGAAGCUGCUCGUUACCCACAAGGAGUUCGAGCAGCUGAAGCGCGCCUGCAGCCACAAGCACCACGACCAGACCUUUGGGGACAACGUGGCGGUGCGCAGGUCUGGAGUUUAUCCCGCUAAGUUCUGCAGAGCGGCGGCGCGCAUUGUGGAGCAGGUGAUUCGCCAGCAAGGAGGGCAUCGCGCCUACCAGGUGGACUGCCAGUCGCACUCGUCGCCCUUCAUCGUGACAGUGCCCAGGGAGCAGGCCACCGCCUACGUAAACGACACCGCGCCCCUGGGAGAGACGGGCGAGCCUGAUGGGGACCCAGACCCCAUGGGCGGCGGAGACGACUUCGCCGACACUCACGACGUGCGGGCCGAAGAUACUGUGGACGGCAGGAUCGGGGUCGGCGCAAUUAUUUUCAUAAAGAAAGCAGCGGCCUGCUGCAAGCCAGCCGAGCUGGCCAUGCUCAAGAGACCAGCGCACCUCCACUUCGUGCAAGAUUUUGGAGACGACGUCGGCUUCGACUGCUUCGAGCUCAAGGACGUCGACGGCAAGAGCUACUGGUACUUCAGCAUCGUCGACCUGGCCACCACCUUCCAUGUCGCGACGCUGAUCGAUCGCCACACUAGCCAGGAGUUCGCUGCCGCGUUCGAGAGGUGCUGGGCCUCCUGGGCGGGCGUACCCGACCGAGUUCACUUCGACAUGGAGAAGGGGUUCGGCGGCGCCCUCAGCGAGCUGUUCCAGUCAUUCAACACGGUGCAGCUGCCCAUCGCUGGCCAGGCACAUUGGCAGCUCGGUCGCGUGGAACGCCAGGGAGCUUGGUGGAAGCAGCUCGCGGCGAGGACGAUCGAGCACUCGUCGAUCAGGGGCGAGGACGAGAUGCGGACGCUGGCCAUCAUGGUAUCGGUCGACGACACGGCCAACUACAGCGCCCACAGCCGCGCGGCCAACGACGAGAAGAUUCGCCGCCGAUAUGCCAUUCGGACGGCGGCGCGCGAGUCAUUCAUGAGGAUGCAGAACGAUGACCAGCUCCGGCGAGCUAUGCUGGCUCGCGCGCGCACGGUGGCGACGCCCUUGUCAGUGGGCGAGAUGUGCUACGUUUUUCGCCAGGUCAAGAAGGAGCAGCGGGAGCAGCACAACCGCAACGCCAAGAAGGGCAUCUGGCGGGGGCCGUGCGUAGUCAUCGGCCACCAAGGCGAGAACACCUGGGUCUCGCUAGGAGGGCACACCAUGCUGGUGGCCCCAGAGCACAUCAAGGCACUCGCUCCGGACGACUUCUGGUUCCCGAACGGCAGGGACGAGAUCGGUCAGGCCGUGGCCGAGCUCAACCGGGCUCGCGACUCGCUCGAACAAGAAGAGGCUCAGGUGGAGGACAUCCGCCCGGCGCCUGGCGAGCCCGAGGUCAAGCCAGACGAGAUGGAGCAGGCGUGGCGGGAAUUCAUCGACAACCCGGACGACAGCGACCUCGGGCUGAACGUCUCCGAGGAUCCGCCCCAGCAGGAGCAGAUCCAGGUGCUGCCCGCCGACGUGCCGCAACAAGCUGAAGAAGAGCGAACCUACGGCCCUGACGAGUUCCGACGACGUCGAGCUACCUUCGACGGAGGGGACAGCGGCGACUUCGGCCCGGCCUUCAAGCGACUCCAGACCGAGAAGGAGCACGCAGGCUCUGGCGCCCUGCCCGCAAGGGCAACUUCGCGGGACCGCGCGGCGGCCCCCGAUCAGGAGGCAGCGGCCGGACCCGAAGCAGGAGGAGCCCGCCAACGUUCAAGGUCGGCUCCAAGACAAGUAUUGCAAACCUCCAUCGUGACCGAGAGGAUCAAGCGCAAGCAAGCCGACAAGGAGAUCCACUGGAGGGCCAUCAAGGACUCUGAUCGGGAGCUCUUCAGGGAGGCGGCCGCCAAGCAGUGGAGCGAGUGGCAGAAGUAUGGCUCUUGUCAGGCACUCUCCAUCGAGGAGUCCGAGGCGAUCAGGGGCAUGAUCAAGCCCAGCCUCAUCCUGCCCAGCCGGUUCGUGUACCGGGACAAGAACGCCCCGCUGCGGACCGACAAGCAUCCGCUGCCGGUCAAGGCAAAGGCCCGACUCUGCGUCGGGGGUCACAUGGACCCGCGCCUCGCUCAGGGCGACCUGCGGACGGACGCGCCCACGGUCACCCGCAACUCGACCAUGCUGUUCUUCACCAUCUGCCAGAGGUUCGACCUGGAGAUCUACGCGGCGGACGAGGAGGCGGCUUUCAUGCAAGGCGACGAGCAGCCCGACCAGCAGCUUUACAUGGCCCAGCCUCGCGAAGGUUUGCCUGGGCUGAACCCGAAGCAGCUGAUCAAAAUCCUCAAGGGAGUUUUCGGGCUGGCCACGGCACCGAGACAAUGGUGGGCGAAGCUCAAGAGGACAUUGCUGGCGGUGGAGGAGAAGCUGAGCAACAACUACGUGUUUCGCCUACACCAGCACUCGCUAGACCCAGCGCUGUACUACGGCUACGACCAGCACGGUGAGCUCUGUGCGGUGGUGGUCGCCCACGUGGACGACUUGUUGCUGGGGAUCUCGCACAAGUACCCGGGCCUCUACGACAGGCUUCACACGCUUUUGCCCUGGGGCGACUGGCGAGGCUUGCCUUUUACCUUCUGCGGCAAGCAGGCCUGGCGAGAUCAAGAGGAAGUACUACAUCUACGACAGACCGAAGACGCGAACACCAUCGAGGAGAUUCCGCUCAGCAAGGAGCGCAAGACGGACCUGUCGUCAGAUGCUACGCCAGGCGAGUUCUCGGACAACCGUUCCGCACUCGGAGCGCUCGGGUGGCUUUCAUCGCAGACUCGUCCCGACCUGGCAGCUGGAGUGGCCAUGGGGCAGCGGACCCAGAACAAGCCCACCAUCCAGGACUUGCUCGAGACGAACAGGCUCAUCAAGUUGGCGCGGAAGCACGCGGACGUGGGUUUGGAGUUCCCUAAGUUACGUGGACCUCUGUGCCUGGUGACGUACCACGACGCCAGUUGGGCCAACGCUGACGAGCCAGCUGAAGGCGCCAUCUCCAAGUUGCUCGCCAAGACCGUGGGGGCAACCAGUAAGGACAAGAAUAUCACGAUUCGCUCGCAGGCUGGCUACGUGAGUUUUCUCGCAGAAGCCAAGCUACUACGCGGAGAUCGAGCUCGAGCAGGAAUUGUUGAUUGGAGAUCGGGCACCAUCAAGAGAGUUCGCAGAUCGACGUUGGCAGCCGAAACGAUGUCGGCAGUAGACGAUCUAGGCUGUGCUCAGAUUACGCGCUGUGUUUUCGCUUCGCUAGAGAUUCCGGAUGCCCAUCCAGAGGACAUCCCGCCGAGUCUGUUGCCGCUCGUUCAGGUCACAGAUUGCGCCAGCUUGUACGAUACGAUGCACAAAGACGGUUAUUCCAAGCUCCCGUCAGAGCGGCGCCUUUUGCUCGACCUAGUGGGCCUCAAGGAGUCACUAGAAGAGGAAGUUAGCAACGAGUUUGUCGCUGACGAUCAGCGCGGCCAACUACCCCUCUUUUGGGUUCCGACUGACCAGCAGCUCGGUGAUCAGUUCACCAAGCGAUCGGACGGCAGUGCCAUCAGGGCAGUGCUGCGAGACACACGUCUCGCUUUGCAGCAUCAAGAGCCGACGGACCAGGCCAGAGAGCACGAGGCACACCUGACCAGUGCCGGCUCACUUUUCAAGCGCGCAGUGCGCCUGGUUUCAUUUUAG